UCGAGCGCGCCACAGUCGUAUAUUUCGAGUUCUAGCAACAUGAAGAAAGCAAACGUGUGCUGGUUCUUUUUCCUGGGUCUUUUGAUUCAACCAUCGUCCGCAUUUUUUGGUUUAGGCGAAUCGUCUUAUUUUGCUCCUUCGACGGACAUUCUAACUGUCAGUGUGAUGGCUUUUUCGACAUAUUCUUCCAUUGGUUCUACAGCCAACAGCUUAACGAGCGAAACCUUUAAUUCAAUAACUCUAAGCGACUUAGCGACAAGUUUCUCCAAUACGUUCAGUGGAUUGUGCUACCAAAUGACACAGGUUUUUACCGCCAUCAGAACUGCUGCUACUGACAAAACCACAAACAUCGAUACUCUAUUUGUCACCAUCAAUGCAACGAUAGCAAACGCUACAACAUUCCUCUCAUCAAAUGAUCGAACCCUUUGGACAUCAGUGCUGAGCUCCAACACACUACCAGAUCUAACCAUCACGUUGCUAGCAUUACAAAAUAUCUCCCACAAAUUGAACGUCGAUAUCUACCCAAAGUUAAUCGCUCUUCGUGCAGCUAAUCCAAUUUCGGUGUCUCCAGCCACCAUUCUGGCAUCUCUACCACAAACACUACUAUCUGAAUUUUCCAGCACUAUCAGGCAGCUCAAUCAAUUCGAAAGUACCAUCACUCUACCCUUUAUUCAAUUCUUUGUAAAGACCGUGGCAUUAGCUAACUCCAAUCUUAGAACAUAUAUCUCAACAAUGAGCUCCAGCUACUCCACACUGGACACAACAGUCAGACAAUCAUGGGCAACGGCGUCAUUGCUUCCUGAUACCUAUACUUCGUCGACUGACUCGCUUUAUCAACCGGUGAAAACUUUGACCAAUAGCUUCAUUAAACUAAUCAACACGUUUACCGAUCUCUAUCUGGGUUCAUCGGCAGAGACAGACUCCAGCGCUGUAACCAUGCUGAUUAACAGCUACAUCAACAAUGCCACCGAGCAGACUGAGAUGAUUCUUGCCAAAUUGGACAAUAUUCGAACGAAGCUAAGCGACCAAGUUCUGCAAUCGGCCAGCAAUAUGCUGAACGUUGGUGCGCAGUCCUUUGAAAAUAUCAGCAUAAAUAUGCUUCAAAAAGUCAAUGGGAUCUCAUGCGCUUCAACACAGACCACUCAAUCGUUUAUCAAUGGAUAUUCUGCAGCGAUGGUUUCAAUGAAAGAUUGCCUAUCGGGAGCGAACUUCGAUUUGACAACACCUACCAACACUCAAAUUAAAGUUGCAUCCAGUAUACAGGCUGACGUGCGGUACUAUUUGCAGCUGUUGAACGGAAUGCUUGCUGGUAUCACCAACAACAGUCCAGUGACUACGCGAAUUGCAACGGAUGCCCAGAUAACGGCGUUCUUCAGUCAAUCGAGUGGAAUCAUCCAAACGUUCAGUCAACAAUUAGUCAACAUGUAUGUGCAGUUGGGUGCAGACUACGAUCUUCUAGUUGGACGAUCCAGUUAUUGUCUCGCAAGGAAUGAUGCCGGAUGGAAUAUGUUGGUACAGGAUUUCGUUAGCGUCUUUCAACAAUGUUGAGUAUUGU